UAAAAAAACAAAAACAAAGUUACGGAUGAUUAAGGCCCGAAGGGGAAUAGUGCCUAUUCUUAGACCAUCCGCAUCAUCCAAAGUUUUUCACGUGAAAAUAAAUUUCCCACUCACUUUUCCUGGGAAGUCGCCACAUGUAGCUGAGUUCUUUAGCCUAUAAAUUCCCCCCAUUACCUGGCAGGUCUUAGCUCACCAAUCACUUCCAGCGUCCAGGCAUUUCCUUCUUUGAUCAAAGCCAUUACAUUUGAUACUUCCAUCCAAAGCAAUACAAUUGCAACGGCUAAGUUUUAUUAAAUUUGGCCUGUUUAGAAUUGGGCAAUGGCUUCUUCCAUUCUCAGGACAAGUUUUCUUCCUCUUCUGCAGUCUCAGGAUGGAUAUAAUUCGAUUUCAAGCUUGCAUAAUUUUACUGCUACUCGCCACAUAGGUGACUGCAAGCGUCGGUUCAAUGGAGUAGCAAGAGCCCAGCAGCAACCAGGAAAUACAAGUAAUGACAGAAACACCAUGAUUAAAAGAGGCCAGCGAACAAGACAAAAUGAACACUUCAAACCAAAUUUCUCAGGAGAAAAGCCAUCCACUCCAGUUCUUGAUACCAUAAACAAUCCUAUUCACAUGAAGAAUCUUUCCAUUGUGGAGCUUGGAAAGUUAGCUAAUGAACUACGAGAAGAGCUAGUAUACACGGUGUCAAAGACAGGCGGGCACCUGAGUUCAAGCCUGGGGGUGGCUGAGCUAACGGUGGCACUUCACCAUGUUUUCGACACUCCUGAGGAUAAGAUCAUUUGGGAUGUUGGGCAUCAGGCCUACCUUCAUAAGAUUUUAACUGGCAGAAGAUCAAGAAUGCAUUCGAUUCGACAAACAUGUGGAUUAGCAGGGUUUCCAAAAAGGGAAGAGAGCAUUCAUGAUGCCUUUGGAACUGGCCAUAGUUCUACUAGCAUUUCAGCUGGAUUAGGGAUGGCUAUUGGAAGAGAUUUGUUAGGGAAUAACAAUCAUGUAAUUGCAGUAAUAGGUGAUGGAGCCAUGACUGCCGGAAUGGCAUAUGAAGCAAUGAACAAUGCAGGUUAUCUUGACACAAAUCUUAUCAUCAUCUUGAACGACAAUGAGCAAGUCUCCUUGCCUACCGCCACAGCCGAUGGUCCUGCUCCCCCUGUUGGAGCUCUUAGUAAAUCUUUAACUAAGCUGCAUUCAAGCAGGGAAUUUCGUCAAUUACGCGAAGCUGCAAAGGGCAUCACAAAGCAAAUAGGAGGGCAAACACAUGAAAUCGCUGGUAAAUUUGAUUCCUGUGUGAGAGGAAUGAUGGGUGGUUCUAGGGCUAAUCUAUUUGAAGAACUAGGACUAUACUACAUUGGUCCAGUGGAUGGUCAUAGUGUAGAAGACCUUGUUUAUGUCUUUAAUGAAAUUAGGUCAAUGCCAUCCCCAGGGCCUGUUCUCAUUCAUGUCAUUACCGAGAAAGGAAAAGGUUAUGCUCCUGCUGAGAUUGCACCUGACAAAAUGCAUGGCGUUGUGAAAUUUGAUCCAAAGUCUGGAAAACAAAUGAAGAGCAAGUCAGAAACGCUUUCAUAUACCCAGUACUUUGCAGAGUCUUUAAUAGCUGAAGCAGAGCAAGAUGAUAAAAUUGUAGGAAUUCAUGCUGCGAUGGGUGGAGGAACAGGACUCAAUUUAUUCCAAAAGCGAUUCCCAGAUAGAUGUUUUGAUGUUGGUAUAGCAGAACAACAUGCUGUUACUUUUGCUGCUGGUCUAGCUUCGGAAGGCCUUAAACCUUUUUGUGCCAUUUACUCUUCAUUUCUACAAAGAGGAUUUGAUCAGGUUGCUCAUGAUGUAGAUCUUCAAAAGCUUCCAGUGAGAUUUGCUAUAGACAGGGCCGGCCUGGUGGGUGCUGAUGGACCAACCCAUUGCGGUGCCUUCGACACUACUUAUAUGGCAUGUUUGCCUAAUAUGGUGGUCAUGGCCCCCUCAAACGAGACUGAACUGAUGCACAUGGUGGCAACUGCAGCAGCUAUAGAUGAUCGGCCUAGUUGCUUUAGGUACCCCAGAGGAAAUGGCAUUGGUUCCAUUCUCCCACAAAACAACAAAGGAGCACCUUUGGAGGUAUUAAUUUUAUUCAACCCAAUCUUUUUAGUUGUAGAUGAUCACUCAAAGCAUCUGUUCAAAUUUCUUAACCGAAAUCUUGAAUAUAUUCAGAUUGGAAAGGGAAGAGUACUAAGGGAAGGAAACAGGUUGGCGAUUUUGGGCUAUGGAACAAUUGUACAAAGUUGUAUGAAAGCGGCAGAGCUCCUACAAAUGCUUGGCAUCUCCGCAACAGUGGCUGAUGCUCGAUUCUGUAAACCGAUUGAUGGAGAUUUACUAAGACAGCUAGCUCAAGAACAUGAGAUAUUGAUCACUGCCGAAGAAGGAUCAAUUGGAGGGUUCAGCACCCAUGUUUCUCAUUUCUUGGGCUUGAACGGACUGCUGGAUGGAAAGCUUAAGUGGAGGCCUAUGAUGCUCCCUGACAGAUGCAUUAACCAUGGAUCUCAAUCGGAUCAAAUUGAAGAGGCAGGGCUCAGCUCAAAGCAUAUUGCUGCCACAGCUUUGUCAUUGCUGGGGCAAUGCAGGGAGGGCGUUCACCGACUCAACCUAUAGAUGGAACUCUUCCCAUACUCAUGAACAUGGAUUGGUCUUUUAUUCACUAGCUAGAUAUCCUUUUAGCAAAGUGAAUUUCCUGCUGGUUUCUAAUAGCAAAGUGAAGUCUUAAGAGUGUCGGAUCUAGGAUCUACAUGUGUUUUUAGGAUUCCUGAAAGCAUAAAAAGUUUAUCUCUGUUGAAGUACUUGAAGAUAAAUCCUCCUUGCUUGAACCGUCUUCCUUCUUCCUUAAGUAGUCUCCCUAAUCUACAGACACAUGAUAUCACAAAAUAAUUGGUGUUCCACGCGUGCCUGAGUGUCGUGGACCUCAUAAAUGUUUGUUGCGUCUCCAAACGCUUUCUGCAAUAAAUCCUGAAUCCUGAUAAAGUGGGAAUGUUGGAAAACCUCCCACAGCUCCAGGUGCUAAAACUGCUAACAAGAUCCAUUAGAGUGAAGCAAGGAUUCAGAACAUGGUCAUUUCCUCAACUUAGGUUCCUCUUCAUGGAAGAAAUAGAUAUUCGAACUUGGACAAUGAGUGAUGAAGCCAUGGAAAGCCUUGAAUAGUUGACCUGACCAUUACUCAUUGCCAUGAACUAGAAACACUUACCAAGCAACUUUGGCACCUCAAUACCUGACGCCAGGUAAAGGUGAACUCGCCUUCUCAAUGCUUGAAACGAAUGCCUGAGCAAUUAAGGGUGCAGCCCACGUGUGAUCCAAACACAUUUGAAGUGACAUUCAUCUUUCAAAUAAAUCUGAAUGAAGAAGACAAACAAAUAGUUUCUGUGUGUUACGAAAAAUAUUUAGGAACAGAAGUAUGGAGAUCCCAAAACUUUUGGCCCAUUUGAAACUGGAUAUCUUAGUCUGGCCCUAACUUCUGCCAUGAGUAGGCCAGUCUCUUUGAAAACUCAUUUGGGUUCAAAGCAACGAUCCCAGUCCUUUUUUUUUUUUAUGAAUUUUGAAAUUUUCUCGUCUUUCUAUUAACUUUAUAGAUUUUGAAUCCUUCAAAAAAUAUUUAUAGAUGGAUAGAUCUAGAGAACAUAUAAAUUUUGUUUACGUAUUUUUUGGUC